CGACAAUCAUAACAUAUUUGCGACAAUCCUUUGCUGGUUUAAAGACUUGGUCGUGGUCUCGAGUGCUCGAUUGUCUCUAAUAGAUUAUGGUUAUAUUGAAAGAAGUAGACAGUAACAACAUGUUUUGGGGCGUAUCAUUAGAUGGAGGAAAACGCUACACACAAGUGGUGGAGACAGCCUUUCAUGUUUCCAUGGCUGCGUUGGAACCAACAACAGAAGAUUUACCAAAGGGUAAAAGAGCUGUUUCAUUAUGGAUUCAACAAGAUAAAGCAGAGUUUGUUUUAUGUACAUUGGAACAUCAUCGCACAAUGCAACAAGCCUUAGAUCUGAAUUUUACAGAAGGUGAAGAAAUCACAUUAUUCACUACUGGUGGAAAUAGUGCUAUACAUCUGAGUGGAUAUUUAAUGGAUGAAAGAGAUGAUGAUAUAAAUAAUACAAUGCCUGACAUGAGUGAAGAAGACAUGAUGAGUUCAGAUGCAGAAGUUGACACUGAUUCUGAUGGUGAAGUUCCACAAUUGUUGCCUAUAGAAGACAUCAAAUCUGGUAAAAAGCGGAAAAAGGCUCAGGAGGCUACUAAGAAAAAGAAACAGAAAGUUACAGUGAUAGAUAAUGCAGAUUUUGAUAGUGAUGAUGAUGAAGAUGCUGAUUUUACCUUAGGAGAGGAAGAUGAUAUGUAUGGUGACUCUGAUGGUGAUAAUGACUCUGAAGAGGAUGAUGGCUCAGAUGAUGAUGAUGACAGUGACUCAGAUGAUGAUGACUCAGAUAACGAUGACUCAGAUAAUGAUGACUCAGAUAAUGAUGAUGACUCUGAAGAUGAUGAUGAGGAUUCAGAGGAGGAAGAUGAAGAAGAAGAAAAAGUGAUGCAUGUUAAGAAUACUCCGAAAAAUUCAAAAACUGACCAAAAGACACCUAACAAACACACAGAAAAUAAAUCUCCAAAAAAUAAGACACCUAAAGUAAAUGGUACACCAGUAGAAACAGAGACCAGUAAAAAGAAAAAGAAGAAAAAUAAAGAAGAAAUGAAUAAUAGUGCUCUAAAUACACCAAAAUCUGAAAAGAAAAAUAAAGAAGAAACACCAAGUAAGACACCUAAUAAAAAACAAGUCUUAGCUGAUGGUUUAGUUAUUGAAGAUGUCAAAGUUGGUAAUGGUCCUCCAGCCAAACCUGAUAAGAUGGCUCACAUGUAUUAUGUUGGUAAACUGUCGAGUGGUAAACAAUUUGAUUCCUGUACUGGUGGUAAACCAUUUAAAUUUAGAUUGGGUAAACAAGAAGUCAUAAAAGGAUGGGAUUUAGGUGUAAAAGGAAUGAAAGUUGGUGGUAAAAGAAGAUUAAUAGUGCCUCCUAAACUCGGUUAUGGUAAUCAUAAACAAGGUCCAAUACCAGCUAAUAGUACACUAGUCUUUGAUGUAGAAUUAAAGGCAGUCAGCUGAAACCUCACAUUUCAGCCCUAUUUUAAUAAUAUGUAUAUAAAUCACCAAUUCUUUUACACCUCAAUAAAAUUCCAUACAAUUUC